UCUCCUGGAAAUGCUGUCGGUCAGGCGUGGUCUAAAUACAGUUCCCUGCAACUUUACGGAUUGAGACUGUAUGUAGGCCGACCGAAGUAACUGCUUUUAGUUUAUCAGUAAUUUGAUGUUUAUUCUGUUCGCUAGGUUAGUUUAUUAGGAUAUCAUAUUAACAAUGAAUUGCGUUGCGCCGACCAUGUUUGUGGUCCUGUUGUUCCUGGAGAAAAGCUUCUCUGUGGAAGUUCCUCCCCCAGUCAACCUAACCAUCGAGUGCCACAAUUUCAUAACAGUGGCCCACUGGAACUACAGCCAGCCCUCUCUACAUCCCCACUUCAUGGUCGAGCUCCUCCCUUAUGGAGGGGAUCCGGUUCACCAGAGCUGCGUGAACACCACGCACCACCACUGCGAUGUCUCCAACCUGGUCCACGUCACGGAAAGCUACUUUCUCUCCGUCAAAGCUGAGGUCGGGUCCGGCCAAUCGGUUGUUGUUCAGUCGGACUUUACGUACAACAGAAACUUGGUGGAAAGCAAACACUGCUCAGUGGAGUUCCCACCCGUCACUCUGUCUGUUGAUGCACGCAAAAUGCUCAAAUUUCAGUUCCGGCACCCCUUGGAUUUUUACAAACGAGAACUGUGGCAAGUUCUGAAGGAACCAAAAACCAAACGAACCCACUACGAGGAAUUUACCUAUAAUGUCCUCUAUGGAGAGGAUUUCAGCAAGAUGCCUUUUGAAUGCCACUAUGCUAAGGGCCUGUGUGAGGGAUACGUGCCCAUCUCCGAAGGCCAGGAGAGACUCUGCAUCCAGCUGCUGGACGGGGAGCUGUGCGACUUGGUCAUCGCAGUCUCUGAAAAAACCUGCCUGGACCUGCAAAACACCACCACUGAACCCGUGACAUCCCCAGAAGGUUACUAUUCCGUUGUCUUCUGGCCGGUGGUUGCUGUUGUUGCCCUGGUGGUCUUCACCAUGGUGGUGUUUCUGCUGAUCAGAAGGAAGACUAAUGGCACCUCUGCCAUCCACAAGAUUAUGACGUCGGUGCUGGCCAUACCGAGCUCCGCUGGGAAGCUGCUGCAGCCGGAGAGUGAGGUGACCUCUCCGGUGCUGUCCCUGGACCCCCAAGAGGACCCCGUCCUGGACCUCCCUCCGGACCACCUCAUCGCAGUCACCCUCGACCCCCAGGAUAGGUCCCGCUUCCCCCUGGGCGUGGAGCCGGGACAGGACCAGGGGCAGACCUGCGACAGGCCGGAGCCCAGGAGCGUGGAGGAGGUGGAGUCCUCUGGCUACGACCGGCCACACGUGGUCCUGUCCGUGGAGAUGAACCCAGGGGAUCGCGUGCAGGGGUACAAGCCAACCCAGGCCUGAGCGGUCCUCCAACUGCACCCCCUCCCCCACAGCUGAACCUGACGCUGGGAUACAUAAACACGUACUGCUGCAGCGACUGUUGCCUUUAGUCUAAAUACAUCCUCAAUCUGACAUGGCCAUAGCAGGGAGCCAGGAGGAUGACUUUGGUGCCAUAGACAUGACGUGUUCUGGUUUCCGCCUUUCAAACGUUCUGUCACAGCCAGGCACCAGCUCCAACACUGGCUUUGGUGAUUGGGUGGAUAUUUCCGAGAUGCUUGCAGGGUAAGGUGAUCAUCUGCCUUUUCCCACGGCUUUUUUCUAGUUAUAUGGAGGGAGCAAUGUAUUAUUGUCACUUUGUUGAUUGCGUCCUAGCCUUAUUGGUUAUUAGUUGAGCUCAAUCGUUUGGUAAUAGAAGAGAAUUUGAGACCGAGGAAUUGUAAAAUGGCUGUCACCCGUUCUGUGUUCAGGGCCUUACAGAGAAUUGUUUUAUAUUGUUUAAAUUUUUAUUUUUAUUUUUUAUUUUUGCCUCCCUCCUGUAGCCUUCACAUAUAAUGAUGGACUUUCAUUUAAAUGAGCUGUAGUGUUUGUUCAAUCUUGUGCUCAUAGAGAAACCUCUAUAUUACACUUCCGUGCAUUGCGGAGUGUCCUUUAUAAAAUGAAUGUAUCCUUCAAACGUCACCUAUAAAAUAGGUUAACAACCAUCAACAAAGUGCCAUGUAUUUCAUGUUGCACCAUACCAGUUUUUUAUUUUAUUUAUUGACCAUAUUUUUAUUUGACGCGAAAAGCAAAUGUGAAAAUUUUAAAGGAUAUUACUACUAACGGGCUUUGAUUGGAUGCGUUCACCAGUUACAUUUCAUAAAAUCACUGAAGGACAAAGCUUCUUGUUGGAAAAUUGAAAGAUGAAAGCAAACCACUCGGAGGUCUGACGCAUUGCUCAGGACAAAUGAAGUUUAAAGGAGGCAAUAGGUCAAAUAUGAUUUCACAUUUUCUCUAAAUCAUAUACUAAAUCAUAAAGCAAUUAAAGCCGAAAAAUGUGCAUGUACUGUAUUUGUUUUUUGUUUUUUUAUUGUUUUUUAUUGUUCCAGUUCUGUCUUGCCGGAAUUCAUUAAUUGUCAUUGUGAUACUGUCUGUCAGUGUUUGAGUGUAGCCCUGAAUGUGCCUACUGAAAUUAUUGUUUGAGUUGAAUGUAAACAUUUGUAUUUAGUAAAGGAUAUUUUAAACAAACACAA